UCAAUCGGGUUCACUUUACCUCCAGACUUUCCCUGCUCCACACCUGACUGGCUCUAUGCUCCUUCAACGGGGCUGUGCUACUCACACUCAUCACUGAUAGACAAUCCCAACGUCACCAGAGCUCAGGCUGGUCAAGUCUGUGAAGGCCUAUUGAAAAAUUAUCCAAAUGUUCGAAUACUACUGCCGCAAAUAAAAAGUCUGACUGCGGCGAAAACUCUGGUGGACAAUCUGCGUAAAGCCGGAAUUAUGCAGACCUCGAUAUGGAUAGAUGCACAAAGAGGAAACACAACAGAUCAUUUUCGGUGGACUGGUGAGCCCUAUCCAGUGAGCUUCGAAUUCCUAAAUUGGUAUGGAAGGGACGGUCUAGAGAACUGUCUGCAGUUCAGCUACAAGUGGGAUCAAACGGCAAAUCCUCCGUCCGCUUUCGAGCUUAAAGUGAGCAAUGUCAACUGUAACCUUCAGCAAUUAUUCAUCUGUACACAUUCAGGCUCGAGCUCUCCUAGAUUUCCUAGCACACCAAAAGAGAUUGGAUCCCGUCGUUCGCCGCUUUAA